AUGCACUGGAACCAUGUCGUAGCUCUCAUUUCUCUCCUUCUCAUGUCUCCAUUGACUGUCGAAGCGGAUGAGAAGACUUGUCGAGGAACGGAGGUGAAAGAACUAGAAGAUGGAUGUACUAUAAUCAACGAAGCUCCGUUGAUUUUCAGAGAUUUGAAAGAUGAAGCACUGAUAAAGAAAAAAACAGAAACGAUCUCUAUUAUUGAACACGGCGUUGAAGUUAUCGAAACUAAUACCGAAAGUUUCGACUAUUUGAAAAAUGUGACGAAGAUAUCGAAUAAAGAGGGUCCUGCAAUUAUAUUCCGGAAAAAUCGAAAGUUGAAGAGAUUUAACUUCGGUGGUUUGAAAUAUUUGAAAGGAGAUCCGGUUGACGUAGUCUUCGAGGACGAUCACUUUUCAUCGGAAGGAAGCAGUAGUUCUCAGUCGUUCCACGAUUGGAUGUUCCUAGAACACAUCUCCCGUUCUACUCAUCAGAGGACGGAGAAGUGUUCCAAGCAGUUCUUAGAAGUUCGAACAACCAAAGAAUCUUCAGAUGAGGAUUUCAAACUACCGGCAAUCAUUGCGAUGGGUGUUUUUGCUCUCUUGUGUAUUGUAUGCGUGGGCCUCACCAUUCAUUUAUUUUGUCAUCGGAAAUCAGUAGGGAAGAAUGAUAAGAAGACAACCGAGAAGAAAAAUGAGAAAAAUAAAACGAAGAAGAGUUUGGAAGCGGGGACGAAGUCACUGGAAAAGAGUAAGAGCCCGGCUACAGAAACCCCCACCAAGUCCAAAUCCAAAUCCAAAUCCAACCCCAAAUCUGCGGAACCCACAGGAAGCAAAUGA